AUGACCAGCCUACACAAGACUGCUCGGACUGUAUCCGUGAUAGCAGGGACGCUGGUCGCCCUGUCAUGCGGCACCAAUUAUGCAUACUCCGCAUGGGCGCCGCAGUUCGCCCAGCAAAUGAAGCUUUCGUCGACUGAGAGCAACCUCAUAGGCGUUGCGGGGAACCUCGGGAUGUAUGCGACGGGUAUCCCGAUGGGGUUAUUGACUGAUGCCCGCGGUCCACAGCUCAUCACCCUGAUCGGAUCAAUUUGCCUGGGCUUGGGAUAUUUCCCGAUCUAUCAAGCAUAUAAAAAUGGCGAAGGGUCAAUGCCCAUUGUAUUCCUCUGUUUCUUCACCUUCCUCACUGGUAUGGGCGGCUGCUCUGCCUUUGGAGGAGCUAUCAAAACAGCGGCAUCCAAUUUUCCCGACCACCGCGGGACUGCAACUGCUUUCCCGCUUGCUGCAUUUGGACUGAGUGCACUGUUCUGGUCCAACAUCUCAACACUCCUUUUCAAGGACGAUACUGGUCGUUUCCUCUUGCUCUUGGCGCUUGGGACUUCUGUCUUGUCCUUUUGCUCAAUUCCUUUCCUCCGAAUCCUGGCCAGUGAGCCGUACUCGUCCAUUCCUCAUAGUGCAACCGAAUCCGGAAGGCUGCAUAACCCCACUGAUCUUGAGCCCGUGCUGGAAGACACCGAAGACUCUGGCCUGCAUGGAUCAACAGCGUUUGAGCAUGGGCAAUAUCCGCCGCAUGCACGAUCUCAUUCCAAUGUAUCGAAUCCCCGGUCUUUCGUCGACGACGAGAGAUCAUCCUUGGUAUCGAGGACCGAGCGUCCGCGUCCAUCUUUCGACACAUUGGAUGAUGACUUCCUAAAGGAAGUGGACAACGAGUCUCAUCACCUUGAUAUCAGAGGACUAGCUAUGCUACGCAGAGUAGAGUUCUGGCAACUUUUCCUGACGAUGGCACUGCUGUCUGGUAUCGGAUUGAUGACCAUCAAUAACAUUGGCAACAGCGUCAAGGCCUUAUGGCUCUACUACGAUGACAGCGCCACCGACGUCUUUAUUCAGCACCGACAAGUCAUGCACGUUUCCAUUCUUUCUUUCGGUAACUUCAUUGGCCGUCUAUCCAGCGGUAUCGGCUCUGACAUGCUUGUCAAGAAGCUUGGCAUGUCUCGCUUCUGGUGCCUCUUCAUCUCAGCGGUGGUCUUCACUCUGACUCAACUUGCCGGAACAACAAUCUCCAACCCCAACAGCCUUGUCAUCGUUUCCGGUCUUACUGGAAUCGCGUACGGCUUCCUAUUCGGUGUUUUCCCUUCCUUGGUGGCACACACCUUCGGUAUCAAGGGUCUAUCCCAGAACUGGGGCGUGAUGACCCUGGCCCCAGUAUUCAGCGGCAACGUGUUCAACUUGCUGUACGGUAAUAUCUACGAUGGACACUCCGUCGUCGGCAAAGACGGCGAUCGCGAGUGUCCUGAUGGACUGGGCUGUUACCGUUCCGCCUACUUUUUGACUUUCAUUUCAGGCCUGCUCGGUAUUGGAGUUUGUUUGUGGAGCAUCCUCCGCGAGAAGAAUGUCCACAACGCUAUGAGCAGGAAGCUGGAUCACCGACUGGCAUGA